UAUACGGUUACGUUGAUAAGAGCUCAGCUCAUGCAAGUUAAUGCAAUUUUUCUCGAUGAAAUGUAUCAAUACACGUUACCAUGACUGGAAAUCCUAUAAAUGUACGUCGUGGAAGAAUAGUGCUAUCCGAUUUGGAUCAAAUUAAGAAGAACGAACGUGAUCGUCGACGAAGAUUACGCUUGGAGCAGGUUCGACAACAGUCAAAAGAGAUAUCAAAUCGACUUUUAGAACGCGCUAAGAAGAUAGCGAGGGAGGAACUUAGCAAAUUGGAGAAAAAUGGGAAGUCAGAACUCAAGCAGAUGCAUGAUAGAAAAAUUAUGGACAUACAACGCAAGUAUCAGGAAGAUUUGGAAGAUAUCGGUCAAGCUCAUGCCUCAGCUGCUUUGCAACCAGACGCAAAUACAAUAAUAAAAGAGGAAGGAAAGAAAGAUAGAGUUAUGGCUUUAAAAAGAGGAAAGGAUGCCAUGGAAUGCAUGAAGGAAACAAAAUGGAUAGAUGAUGCAGAAGCAGCUCGUCAAGAAAGAUUACGUAGAGUACGCGAAAUAGAAAAUUUAAGGGCUGCAAUGAUAGCCAAACUUCCACAGCCACCUGAGGAAAAUGACAGGAUGGAAAGAAAUCCUUCUCAAAGUAUAAAUGAAGAAAUUGUACACGAAGCGUUAACUCCAAAAAGAAAGAAUAAAAAGGUUCUUAAAAAAAAAUCGCCUAGAAAAGUAAAAAAACCUAAUCUAAAGGAACACCAAAAAACAUCACCUAAACCAGGCCCUUCAGGAUUACAAAAGAAAUCUUUUGUACAGUCUCCUGAGUUAUUCUUAAGGAAGAAAGUAGACAAAUAUACAUCGGAUCAUAUUAAGGAUAUUAUUGAUGAUGUAAGUGAUGAUCAAAUCCCACGAACAACAGUGCCAAGUAUGAGCAUUAUUUCAACUAAAUCUGAUAAAAUAAAGUAUAAUCCAGCAAAUUACACGCAUAACACAUCGGAUAACACAAGCAGUGUCAGCAGUUCUAACAAUUCUAGUUCAACCAGCGAUGAUUCGUCAUAUUUUUCUGAUGCUAUAGAACAAAUUACAUGCAAGACUCCUAAAACUCCAGCUUUAACAGAGAACAAAGUACAAUCACAAUGUGAUCGCACUAUGUAUCAGAGAUAUAUUUAUGAUAGGCCUCUUCCUAUGGUUGAAAGAAUUGAUAUCAGAAAUGAGCCAAGUGCCAUGGAAGUGGCGCAAGUAAUGAAAAAUGCAGAGAAUAGAGAAACGCAUAUAUCCAAAAGUCAUAAAUUAAGUGCUGAACAUCGUGCCGAACGUCGUGGGGAAGAUGCGAUUUUGCGAGAAAAAGUACGAAGAGAUUAUCAAGCGCUCCUACAAAAUCUAAAUCAUCUUGCGCAGGAAGAACGCAAGCUAAAAGCUAGUCAAAUUCAAUCUACAGAAGAAGAUACAUGCAUGCGAUUACAUCAGAAAAAUAAAUGUCAAGAAGAACGUAAAAAGAAAUUAAACCGUGCAGCUAAGAAGAUUUGCAGUACAGACAGUUAUGUACCGACCCGGCACACUCAUCUCACAGAAAGAAUCAUUACUUUACCAGUACAAAAAAAAGACGGCCUGCACGAUGAUGUACCUCAUUGCACAUGGGAAGAUCCUCAUCUUAUUAAACAGCAAGUAGAUGUUUGUCAUACACAAAGGGAUAAAGAUAGCGAAAUGUCACGCGAAGAACAAGUAUUGGAUAUGCUGAAAAAAAUUGAAAGACAAAAAAGAUUGUUGUUACAAGAAUUUGGCACCAGUUUGCCAGAUAACAUAUUUAAUGUCAGCAUGAAGCCACUCUUUGAAGAUAAAAUGCCAACAAAAACAUCAGACGCUAGUACUGCCAAGCCUUUGUCACCUGAAAUUAAAGUUUUAAAUAUGUCUAGUAGUGACGAAUGUAUUAGAAAAGAUCAUAAGAUGAAGAAACCUGAUAAAUCACUUGUAAAAAAGAUUGAGAUUGCUGUUCAGACAGAAGCAACGGAUCCAGUAGAAAAAACGAGUCCAUUAGAUAAAACGAGUCCAGCAGAGAAUAAGAGUGUACAAGUGGAAUUAUCUCAAGAAGAUGUGCAUAUGCCACAAUCUGACAGAGAUACAAUUGAACGAAUGCCACAUCCGAUUGAACCAAAAAUUACUAUUGUUACACCAGAGACAGACAAUAGUAGCAAUGAUUCAACAAGCUCUGAGAGUGGUAUGAUCAUUGAAAUUGACAAAAAAGAAAUAAUUGUAACACCUAAAAAGAAGAAAAAUAGCAUGAGAAUAUCAAAGCGACCAUCACCUCGAAUUUAUCAAAAAAUUCGCUCAACAUCGAUUAGUUCUAAAGCGACGUCGCCUAUGAAGAGAUUCUCGAGAAUUCAGUCAGGCUCUCGUUCGACUCCUCAAAAGAAAACGAAAUGUUUGGAUACGCCAGAUACAGCUACUAGAAGAGUUGAUAUUCACAUGAGUGAAUCUGCGCAAGUUGAUGAUGAGACAGAUCCAUCGCAGGAAACAAGAGUAUCGAUAGAUGCUAGUGCAGAAAGCUCACAGACAAUUUCAGGCCUGAACGAUCAAGAUCAAGAGGGUAAACCGUAUCGGGUUCGGACUCGAACGAAAAGAUGGAUUCGGAUGAAAGAUACUUCAGAUACAUCAACGUCAUUUGCAAGCCCACCACCAAUAAAGCCUAAAUCAAUAUUUGACGCUCUGGCUAACGUCACGCCGAUUUUAGAAAUGUUAGAUUCUCCAGGACCUAGAGAAUUAAGAAGAUUACAAGACAUCAGUCCUGUUUCCACACCAGAAACUCCUUCACCUCGUACAAUGAUGAUGCCAUCAAACAUUCCACAUCGUGAUAAGAUUAGUAGAAUGCUUAGAUUUAGUUUGAAUAAUUCUCAAACUAAUGAUAGUACUGUGAUAUCAUCGACACAACGUGAUCAGUCCACUUUAACAGAUUCAUUGGAUGUUUGUCAGAAAUCUGAAGCAUCAAAAUAUAUACCUGCUGUUUCGCAGCCAUCUAAAGUUUGUAUAUGUAAAAAUCCCCAAUGUAAAUUGUUACACAUAAAAUUUGAUGAUAUUCACGAUUAUGCUUUGAAAAAUUGUCCUGAAAUAUUGCAAAAAUAUGAAGAUCUACAAAACUUAUGUACAGAAAGAAUAGCAUCUUUAACUGACCUCAUCGAAAAAGUACGAAAUGAACAAAAAGAUAUGGAUCUUUCACUAAUCAGUCCAAGCGAUGACACUAGCUUAUUACAAUUAUCUACACCAAAACCAGCACGUAAUGAUGUACAAGCAGUUCGCAGAUUAAUUGACAGUAUAGAAGAAAUUCAUGCUCAACUUGCAAGAACUCUUCUUGAAUCACAAAGAAUUAUGCAAGGAAGCGAAGAAAUUUUGAAGGAUGAAACCUUGUGUGAUGCGGAAAUCCAGGCGAUCACUUCCACUCCUAGAAGUAAAUUAGUAGAUACUAUUAAAGCACAUGUACAGGAAUCCAAAGUAGUAGAAGGCAAAGCUAAGCCAAAAAUUAUUAGCAAUGACAAAGUUAAUAUACAGUUUAACCGAUUUAAAAUGCAGCAAAAACCUCAAGCAAUGUCGGCAACAAAAAUGUUGGAGCGUAACUCUUGGCCCCCGUGUACACUUCCUCUUCAUGAAGAAGAGAUAAUAAAGAAAUUGUCAAAAGAAAUUUUAGAACAGAGUAAAAAUUUGGAUAAAGAGAGCACCGCCUUUGCAACUUCGAAAGAAAAUAAUGAAAUACAGCAAAAAGCAUCGCCUUUUAAGGAUCUUAAUUUGAAAAAGAGUGCCUCAUUAGAACAUGAAAAGGACAGUAGCCUUACAAAAGAAUUUGCCUUUGUUCCAGAGACAACAAAAGAAAAUGAUUUUAUUCCUAUAUUAACUGGCAUUCCCAAAAUAUUGCGCAAUCAUGGAAAUGUGACAUCAAUAAGUGCAAGGCCUAAACCUCCUGUUACAUUAUUAAAUGGACUGUAUAGACCAGAAUUAGAAUCAUCAGGACAUGAAUUAUCAACGAUAGUGGAAUUUGAUACAACGGAUACAGUUAAUAAAAAUAGCAAGAGCCCAGCAAAAUUUAAGCCAUCUCUUCAUGUUGCUCCUUUACCUGUUCAACAAAAUCAAAAUUCCUCAAAGAAACCGGCAGAUUCGUUAUCCAAUAUAAAACAUUCUGUUGAAAAGCUAUCUUUUGCACAGAAAUCACAAGAAACUAUUUGCAAUUCUCCUGAAAAAUUAAAAAGUAUGGCUGAUUGUAUUACAGAAACAAAAACUGAUGCUGAAAGGGAGUAUAUGGUCGAAAAAUGUAAUAAACAGUUACAAUGUAAUACAACAGAAGAACUUGUUUCUCAAACAAAAGAUAAACUUGGUUCUUCCAUAAGUACUGAUCUUAAUAAUCCAAAUAAAGAAAGUAAACAUAAAAUGACGUCUACAAGUGUGUACAGUUUUUCCGGAUUAUCUGGUAUUUCCGAAAUAACUAGUUCUCCAUCAUCGGAUGUGCUAAAACAUACCUCAUCACCGGAAGAAAUGGAAAUAGCUUUGAAAAAAUUAGGUUUAGGUUGGGCAGUCACGACGCUAAAGAAAACUCGAGAGGCAAGUGCUCUUAGUUCAUCUUCGAAUUCGGAUGUUACACCAAUAAAUACAGCUAGAAGGAUGAUUUCUCCUACUAAAAAACAACAUGGUUCAAAUGGCUUUCCGGAUAUUAGUGAUGUAUCAUCGAUAUCGAUCAAAGAAGCUAGCAAGAGUACCGAACAAGCUGUACUCUUAAAAGGAAGGACUUCCACGCCUAAAUUCCAAAAUUCAAAUUCUAACAGUGAAAGAUCCAGUACUACAAAUACAUCUGAAAGCGUUCAAGAUCCAAGUGACAGUUUAACUGUACCUAAUGUGUCACUUACAAAAACAAAAUCUGAUAAUAAGCAACUACAAAAUCUUUGA